UCUGUCCUCUGCUCCGCUCGCCUCUUUCUUUCUUCUCCGGCAAGAAGAAGACGCGCCCCCCCCUCCGUCGCCGGCCGACACGCCAUGGCCGCCGGCCGGUUUCUGCCGCUGGCGGGCCGCCGCAUCAUCGCGGCCCUGUCCCAGCCGUCCGCCCCCUCUUCCCGCGGAAUUUUCUUCCCUUCUACAGCGACCGCAGGCUUGAGGUCCCUCCAGACAAUCAUCGACGCGAGCAGCAACGCGUCGACUGAGCGUCGCCAUCACCCAGAGGAUCACAAGACCGACACCCCGCCGCCGCCAGCUUCGGUCCCUGCAGCAGCAGCAGAGUCGAGCUUCAAGGUCAGAGACGCGUCGACCCUGAAGAUCUCGCCGAGGCACGACAUGGCGAUGAUCUUCACGUGCAAGGUCUGCGAGACGAGGUCCGUGAAGAUGGCCAGCCGGGACUCGUACGACAACGGGGUGGUGGUCGCCCGCUGCGGGGGCUGCAACAACCUGCACCUGAUGGCGGACAGGCUCGGCUGGUUUGGCCAGCCGGGGAGCAUCGAGGACUUCCUUGCGGAGCAGGGGCAGGACGUGAAGAAAGGCGACACGGAUACUCUCAGCUUCACCCUGGAGGACUUGGCCGGGUCUCAGGUCAAAUCCAAGGAACCUUCUGGUGAAAAUUAGGCCUUACUGCUGUAAUAUCUCUUGGCCUUCUGGUCCAGCAGCAGCUAUAAAACUGUCACCUCCUUACCGAAACUUUGCGAGUUAUUCGCUCAGUUUCAUGGCUUCUCAAGUGGAGUACAAGCUGUUAAGUUCUAGAUUAAAGCUGCAAUAGUGAAGUGAAUUUUCUGUAGUGGACUACCCACACUCUAGUAUUUUGUGCUUUAUCCUUUCUUGCCCAAGCAUGUUUCCGAUCGAGAGAAUAAAGAUAUUGAGAUGUGACCUUCUGAACCUCUAGUUUAACUGGAAUAUUGUGUCA